AUGGCUGAUGAUGAAGAUGAAGGAGGUUUCGGUGGUUUAUAUGAAGAUGGUCAUUGGGUGUGGGAUGAAACUACAGAAGCCUUAGUUUUUAUAAGUGAUCUCCCGCCAAAGCCAGUUGAAGCAAUACAUAUACCUAUUAAAGCGCCGACAGGUACCGUCGAAUUCAGAGACGAUGUAGACUUAAUUGAGCAGAUUCGAUUUCGAAGACGCUACCAAAGAAAACUUAAACCAGGGCAACCGGACAUUAUUACAGUCCAGGACGUUAAAGAUAUUGCAUUAUUUACUGCUCCCGUUAAUAUUCUAAGCCCCAUGUUAAUAAAUAUGUUGCACCUGCCUACAACGGAACGUUUCAUUAGGGCGCUUGUUCUGUGUUGCCAGUAUUAUUUGCAGAUUGCAGACGAAAUGGCAAAUCGAAUAAUUGAAUUAGAAACAAAAGUACGUACUCCGCAGUGUGAAGUUCUGGAGAGCGAGUUUCGUGACAAUUUAUCUGAUUUGAGGUUACUCGUGGCUAAGGAAUAUAGCACAAUGUUGAUUGGUGGCGGAGACACGAAAAAAUUCCAUCACAUGGGGCCUCAGAAGAAACGUCGAUCCUUAUCAGACAAAGAUGCACGACUUUUCGAAACGUUGUUGCGUAUGUGCGUUCAAAUCGUGUGGCUGGCCCUCGGUCGCAAGGCCUUCAAUCAGAUAGAAUUGGAGGUGAAUCGUAUUUUUAAGUCUGAGAUAUUCAAUGCGGUGGAGCACAACUUGAACACUGGCUAUAUUAAUAAAAUGACAAAGGAAGAGCGUGCAGUAUUACUCGGACGAUGUCUGCGUCACGACAAGAAGCUCAAUACGCGAUCGCCAUUAAUGAAUGAAGUGUUUUGCCACCGAGAGAUCGACUAUCGUCUCAUGGGAGCCGGCGUCAUUAAAUGUCACCAAAUAACGCCGCGAAUUAUGUACAUGAAGGAGGCUGUGGCGGGUCCCGAAGAACGUCUUGUAGAACUUGGAAUAGUUCUUGGUAUUAUUGGGAUGCAUCGAUCAGCUUUCGAUACAAUGUUAAAGCCCUUGCCUACAUCCACCGAAAUCGGAAAAUCGAAAGCUUCUGUAUCAUCGGCAAGUUAUGCCUCCAAGUCCAGUGUAAGUAGAAAAAGUCAAAUAGCAACCCAGAAGGUGUACCCAGAUAUUGUCCUGCCACGAAAAGAAUCUCGAAUAAUAUCAGUUCCAUCAUCUUUUCCUGAUGAUCCGGAGGAUAUUAGGCCAUGCAGUGAGACACAACGACGGCGCUGGCAAAAUAGACUAAUGAAGUUACUGCAUCCUUAUGGUCGUUAA